AUGUCGUUUGAAAUUGUAAACGAGUCGCUUGACAAAGUAAUAGAUCUAAAAUUACCACUAAAAACUACAGCACCUACAUUUACUGUCGUCGGACCAACAACUAACGUUUCUUAUACGAAAUUUGCUAUUUCGUUUAUCAUCGUGUUGAAAUCAUCAGAACUAACUGCGAAUGAUCCAUCCACAACAAAAGCUACAUCAAGUGGUUUAGAUCUACAAUCUUUAUCCUCUGAAAUAGAAGUAGAAUAUAAUGAUGAGUCUGGCUUUACAAUCAACAUGAAUUCCAGAAUCAUCUCUUUAUUGUGUAUGUAUAUCACCAUAGUAACCGUAUCCUGUGGCUAUAUUGGAUCUGGAUCCGGAUCAUACGGAGGUGGAGGUUUUGGAGGCGGAUAUCCCAUGAUGUCAUAUCCUACUUUUGGAGGUUACGGCAAAAUGAUGGGCGGUUACGGAGGAUUUGGAAACGGAAAUUUAAUGGGACUGUAUGGAAAAAUGGGCGGCGGCUAUGGUGGAUACGGAAUGGGUGGAUACGGCGGAAAUUUUGGCUACGGUAGCGGUGGUGGAUACGGUGGAAUGGGAUACGGAAAUUUUGGAUAUGGUAGCGGUGGUGGAUACGGUGGAAUGGGAGGAGGGUAUAUUGGGAAAGGGAUGAUGGGUGGAAAUGGAGGAUAUCUGAGAGGAGGUGGUAGCAGUUGGUAA